AUGGCCUUCCGAACGGGUCCACCGCCUCCGGCAGGUAGGUUUUACGAUUGUUUAUAUUAUCCAUUCAUUAGAUCAUCAACUAAAAUUGGCGAUCGAGAGAACGGCGUUGUACGUGGCGCAGAACGGUCCGCAAAGUGAGAUCGAGGCACGGAGAGUGAAUUACGGAAACCCGGGUUAUCAGUUUUUGUACAACGGCGAAGGAUCCACGUAUUAUCAGUUUUGUUUGGCCAAAGAAAUUAAUAAUUGUAAGAUCUUCAAGUUUUUUUGUUGUUUUUUAGGCUGAAAAUUGAUGUAGAUGGUAGUAAAAGGUCUUCUGCGGCUGUGGUUAUUUAUAGCCGGUUGUUUUCUUGUACUUUUUAAUAGUAAUCAGCUGUUUUUGUUAGCGCACUUGUGUUGUUUAUGCCUAUUACAAGGUUUGGUCCGAUUGAUUGCUCUGUGAUGCCGAUGCUGGUUGUUUUUGGUUUAUUCUGUGUAAUCGGCUACUGGCUAGCUAUUAGACUCAGUCUCAGUCAAUCUCGAGCGCAAUUUUUAGAGUUAUCAUAUAUUUUUUGUUAUCCAUACCUUCUGCAUGCUCAUUUUUCGUAACUGUCAAAAAAAAAACCCCCUAAGUUUUUCCCAUUUUCAGUAGCUCAAAUUGCCAAAGCACCUCCAGGAGCUGUUGCUGGACCCUCGACAUCCCAGCCCGUCCCUUUAAAUUCAAUUCCUCCGCUGCUACCGCCCUCAGAAGGUCCACCCCCUCCAAUCGACGCCGAAAUUGCUGCUUUGGAAGGGCAGAUCGCCCAAUUGAGGGAGCAAAUCGUACAGAGCGAACGGAAUUUACAAGCACAUGAUGCUUCUAUCCCUGAUCAACGAAAAGUAAGUCGGUUUGUGUUUUAUUUUAUUCGAAUUUUAGUUCAAAACGGAGAAGGCGUUUUGUCAGAAGGAAGAAGAACGAAUCAACGGUCUCAUGGAGAAGAUUGGGAUAGUCAGAGACGACUUUGUCCCCUUAAUCGAAACCUUAUCUUCUAGCGGAUCUAAGGAUACUAUCUCUGUACGUUUUGAUUAUAAAUUUAUGGGGUUUUUAGCUCUUCAAAUAUCUGAACCUAAAAUAAUAUAAAUUUCCCGUUUUAGAAAGUAAAGCAUUGGAUUUUCGAUCACGCCGAGAAUGAUCAGAAACGAGAAGUGGUUCUCACUUACUUUUUACACCGGUUUCGAUCAGCUGAGACCAGCGACAACAUGAAACUCCACAUAUUAUACUUGAUCAACGACUGGGCCUAUUAUUGGUGAGUUUUUUGGCGAUUAUUGCUUAUGUUUUUAGUGAUCGAAAGAAGUUGACGAAUAUACGCCAAACACUGAGUCGAUAUGUCCCGAAAUUCUUUGCGUUGGCCUCGCAGAGCUCGGUUUUGAGUCCAAAGUUGGACAAGCUUGUUGGUGUCUGGGAAGGCGGGCGGUAUUUCGAUGACAGCUGCUUUAAAGUGAGUUGUAGUUUGUUGAACAUGGUGUUAGAUAAUUUUUAUGUUUGGUUGUUAGGCGUUUGGAUCUGUGGGUUUUUAGAAAUUUCAAUUUUUUUGGGAGGUUCGACCUUAUUUUAGGUGUCUUUAGGAAAACCUCGAAAUUUGAUGAAAAAUUGGGUUGAAUUGGACUGACUAUUGUUUACAUUUGAUGUUUAUAAGGCUGUGUAACUAUUAUGAACAAAUAUUAAUUGCAUUUUCCUUUCAGCAACUCCGAAAUCCGGCUCAAAUCUUAUCCAUGGAGCAGGUCGCUCUGAACGUCGAAAAGCAAAAAAUUGGCGACGAAAUCGAAAAGGAACUCCGCGCUAAUCUCGCACAAUAUCAGAAGCAGCAUCAAGAAUAUGAGAAACAUAUCCAAGUCCAAAUCACCGCCCUUCGCGCCAAGAUCGAGACCAUCAAACGUCAGCAACAGCUGAAAGCCAUGGAUAAGUUGGAUUUGAAGCCGAAAGGAGAGUAUUAUGAACUCCCAGCCGGAAUGAUUGUACCGCUAUUGCCGCCCGAAGAGUUUGGGUUCAAGGUUUUGAAGCCGGAAGACCUGAGGUUACCACCACCGACCGAUAUGAAUGAUAUGUUGUUGGCUCAAGUGGAUCGGUUUUAUGCGAUGGUUAAUGCUCCAAGAAUGGAAGAUUUUAACAGGUAAUUGAAGUGUCAUGAGCCUUUGAGAAGUUGAGGGGGAGUUUUAGAGCUUUUGGAGGAAAUAAAGUUUUCGUGGUGGGACCCAGAGAUGAAUAUUAUGUUGGAUUUCAAAUUGAAAAUUUUUUGGAUUGAUGGCUAUUAGAAGGUAUAAAAAGUGUUUUUAGCGACGGCUGGGACAUCCGCGGUCUCCAUGAGUUCGACAAUCUCAAAGCCAAAUAUCGCCAGGAGCUCCUGGACAAACUCAAGGAAGAAGACAAAACAAUUGAAGAUUUGAUCAAAGAAAAUCAACCCGAAUAUCACACGGAAUCGGACUCGGACUCAGCUUCGUCCUCUUCGAGCUCAUCCAGCAGUUAUUCGUCGAGGUCUCGGAGCAGAUCGAGAAGUCGGUCAAGGAGUAGAUCAAGGUCACGAAGUAUAUCUCCGGAGGCCCGGCCAAGCUUUUCAGCAAACGCAAGAGCAAGAGAAGGUCCUCCAGUAUUUGUGAAGUGA